GCGAAGCGGGGCCGCAGCCGGAGGGGCCGCCGGGGGAAGGACGAGGAGGCGGAGGCGAGGUUUUACUCGGAACACCGGACGCCGGACACUGCAGUGCAGAAAGGACACUAACCAACUGGAGGGAGGUCAGCGAAGGUCCUCAAGAGCGGGAAGGACCUGGAAACGGGUCCUUUGAAGAAAAGGGAAAAGACCUGGGUAACAAAAGCGCCACCCCGUGCUGGAUUAAACCACCAACCAUGUCUAAAGAUGAAGAAAAAGUUAAUUUGCGUCGCCUGGAGCCUGCCAUCCAGAAGUUUAUUAAAGUUGCCAUUCCCACAGAUCUGGAGCGGUUAAGAAAACAUCAGAUAAAUAUUGAGAAGUAUCAGAGGUGCAGACUGUGGGACAAACUGCAUGAAGAACAUAUCAAUGCUGGCCGUACCGUUCAGCAGCUGCGAGCAAAUAUCCGAGAGAUGGAGAACCUUUGUUCCCGAGUACGAAAGGAAGAUACUCUGACUUUGCAGAGAAUGAUUGAUCCUGUGAAAGUGGAUGCUUCGUUGGCCGUUCAAGAAUUUUUACAGCUGCAUUCGGAGUCCGCCGAAGUGCUGAAAAGACAAUUCAUAGAGCAGGAGUCUGCCUCAUCGGCUGCUUUGACCCGCUCUACCACUAUCGGAGCAGAAACCUUUUCUGAUGCUGAAGACGGAGAAAAUUCCCCUAGCCAGAUUUUUGCCCCGUUGCCAGAAAUCCCCCAGGAUCAAAACGCUGCGGAAUCCUGGGAGGUGUUAGAAGAGGACCUGAUUGAACUUAGCACUCUGGUGACUGAGUUUUCGCUGCUUGUUAACACCCAGCAGGAGAAGGUGGACCGGAUCGAAGAGAACGUCUGCAAUGCCGUCGCCAACGUGGAAGAGGGGACCAGGAACUUAUCCAAGGCUGCCACCUACAAGCUGGCCGCUCUCCCCGUGGCCGGCGCCCUCCUUGGGGGAAUCGUGGGGGGGCCGAUCGGGCUCCUGGCCGGCUUUAAAGUGGCGGGACUGGCGGCGGCGUUGGGCGGCGGCGUGCUGGGCUUCACGGGAGGGAAACUCAUCCAGAGGAAGAAGCAAAGGAUGAUCAAGGAUCUUUCCUCCGCCAGCUGCCCGGAUCUGCCCCGGCCCACCGACCAAGGGGGCAGCUGAGCACGGAGCUGAAGCCGUCCAGACUGGUAUCGCGGCUGCCCUUGCUUUGGAUCUUCUUCUUCUCCUCCUCCUGCUCCUGCUGGAAAUUUUUUUCCUGUUGAGAACGUGAAAGGGACACGAUUCACUCUGGAAUCAGUUCUGGACUUGCACCAGAGGGAUUUGCAAGCCUGGCACGCUCCGGGGCGCCUCGCCUGCCGGUUACACACGGCGAAAACGGUGUGCGCCGAAGGAACGCCUCUUAACCUGUUGUCCUUGCUCCUUCAGGGACUGUUCACAGUGUUCACCGAAUGCCUUUUUCUUUUUCCUCCAGGUAAAAUGGAGAGGAUGCCCACAGGUAGCAGUUUUAGCCUCUGAAAAAGCUUUUUUUCAGCUCCAGUGCACAAAUCGUGGUUUGUUUGUUUUUUACACCUGUCGGGUCUUUUUUAAUGCUUCUGGCUUCUCUGGCGGAAUCGGCUCGCGGUGGGAGAUGGGGGUUCGUGGUGGGAGAUUGGGGCUCCCGGCAGGAUAGACCUGCGGAGGUCAGGUGAAGAGGGGCUGAGAUUUUCUGCCCUGGGGAGGGGUCUGUUGUUUGCAAAUUUUAAUUUUCUGGACAGGAGAGUCGGCGUCUACCUCUCGUUUUAAAAGUGCCGUGGUCUGGAAAAGUCCGAACGGGCUAUUUGGGAGGCACAUUCUCUGCUUGUUGCUUAUCGGAUGUCUGGAACAGUUAUGUUUCUGAACUGCGGCAACUUUCAGAGGAGUGGACUUCAACUCCCAGAAUGCCACAGCCGACGAAGCUGACUGGGGAUGUCUGGGAGUUGAAGUCCACUCACCUGAAAGUUUACCAAUUUGUUGGAGAAUGCUGGGAAUGGAAGCCCACAAUCUGGAAAAAGGGGAAACAUUGCUCUAGAACAGAGGUGGGAAAUGAUGGCUCCCUUUAUGACUUGUGGACUUCAACUCCCAGAAUUCCUGAGUCAGCAAAGAAUUCUGGGAGUUGAAGUCCACUCAUCUGAAAGUUGACCAAUUCAUUGGAGAAUGCUGGGAAUGGAAGCCCAUACAUCUGGAAAGAGGGAAACAUUGCUCUAGGUGGGGAAGAUGGCUCCCUUUAUGACUUGUGGACUUCAACUCCCAGAAUUCCUGAGUCAGCAAGGAAUUCUGGGAGUUGAAGUCCACUCAUCUGGAAGUUGACCAAUUCAUUGGAGAAUGCUGGGAAUGGAAGCCCAUACAUCUGGAAAGUGGGAAACACGGCUCUAGAACAGAGGUGGGUUGUGAUGGCCCCCUUUAUGACUUGUGGACUUCAACUCCCAGAAUCCCUGAGUCAGCAAGGAAUUCUGGGUGUUGAAGUCCACAAGCCACAAAAGGCGUCCGCAAGUCAUAAACGCCGUUGUUUCUUCCUGCUCUAGAAUAUAAGACGUCAAAAAUGAUUUGGUUCCAUGCCAACUGAAGUCUAAAUGUGGAAACAAUUAGUUUGGAAAGGUGUGUGCGAAUUAAACAACUGGGGACCUGUGUUGGUUGGUUCAAAAGAGCAGCAUUGCUACGACAACUCCUGUUUUUUCCUCUUUGCACAAAUACGACAGCAACUCGUCAACAUUUUGCGAAGCCCCCAGUGUCGGGGAUUUAAAAAAAAGAAAAAUUACCUAUUUGAAGUAUUUGAAAAUGUCUUCAGGACAUGUUUUUACCUGGCGUGUUGGGUGCCAUCUUUUAAGUGGGGCAAAAACGCUUCUAUGGGGUUGUUUGUACGAACACUGGGUGCCUGCGCAUCCUCCGAUGAAUAAAAAGGGUUUUAAAAAAGAAGUUUUAAAAAA